CACAGUAAGUUACUAAAGUUUUGGCCUUUUCCAUGAACUUGAUCUAAUUUUUUUGUACAAAACAAUUUUGUGGUUAUUUAUGGAAAAAAGUAAGAUUUUGAUCGGAUUUGGUAAAAAAGUUAAUUCAAUUAUAGAAAACUGUAUUUUUUUCGCGUUAUGUUUCCUUUUUAUUUGAAAUUGGGCAAAUUAAAACAAAUUAAAAAUAAAUCAUUGACAACAAUUGCGAAACGUAAUCAGAAUUAUGCAAGACAGUAAACAACACACUUAUCUAUUUGUUCUCUGAUAACUCGAAUUUAAUUCAAACUGGACUUAACCAGAUCUGUGAUACAAAAUAUUUGCUCAUUUUUUAAAUAAAGUUUAAACACACUGUAUACAUGAGAAACAGACGCAAUAACCUUGUCAAUUAUGUACCAAUUAGCCUUGGACAUUUUUGAUAAGAACAAAUUGUCAUAAUGUCAAGUACUGAAGUUGAAACCAUCUCGAAGCUGCAGUCGCCCCCUCGCAAGAUGGCAUCCAAAUCCCACCAUCUUGUUCGCACCUCCUCCUUGGAGAAAAUCCGUCGUUUCAACAGUUUUAUUUGCUCACAACAGUACAACAUUCUUCCGGCUUUAUUCGCCUGGUUGAGGUCCUCCCAAUCCGUCCUUCAAAAAGCCGAAAAAACGAUGCUUUUCUUCCGGGCACUUCUCUUCUGUCAUUUUUUAUACAAAAUUGAAAAACUCCGAAAACAAACUUUCGCGCUCAAAUUGGCUGUUUAUUUGACUGCGAUUGUGUUAAUUGUCGAAUUGGGGCUGUGUUUCUACUUGUUGUGUAGCACACAUGUCCCGAGUGGUCUCAUUUUUUUGAUAAUCUCAUUCUUCUAUAUUAUUUAUUUGAAUGCAAGGUCGGUUUAUUUUGCACGAGAGGUGAAAAGUAGAGAUGAAAAGAAGAGGAAUUAAUUAAGGAUUUUAUUUAUUAGCUUGAUUAGGUUAGAUUGUGUGCGUCUUUCGGGUGGUAUUUUUGUACUUGAUGAUUUAUUAUUUGAAUAAAUACUUUUGAUAUCG